AUGAUAAAGAGCAAGCGGCCGGUGCCCCUGCACCCAUUCAUUCUGACUCCCCCCUCGCACAGCCAGUGUGUGUCUCUACACGAGAUGUUCUGUCCAAUCACGAAACAGCUCAAAGUGGCCUGUUUCUGCUUCACAUGUCUACUCAAAAGGGCCAUGAUGAAAGGCAACGUGAAGAUCAGUGACGAGAUGAUGGGGAAGAGGGAAGAUUACUGCAGAUGCUGCAAGUGUGUUGAGAGAUACAGACAGGAGGGCACAUUGUCCUACAUACAGGACAACGAAUUCAGAGACCCAACUAACCCACAACAUCCCCAACAUUCAAGUCAGAUGUCUCACCGGCACCACAGAAGCACAGGGGGAAGGGGCGGUGAUGGGGGUUCGAGGGGGGAGGAGUACUACAGCUACUAUGGGGGGUUCGAUGAGGAGCACCAGUUCCUGACCCCCAACAGCAGACUCUACUACGGGGGCAGCCAGUUGUCGUCCACUGACUCCGAGUUCUACCGUGAAGGGGAAGGAGAGGGGGAGGAGAGUGUGUUUGGGGAGAUACAGCAGCCAUACAAGGAAGAUGGGGAGGACGAAGACGACAACGAAGAGGAUUCACGAGGGCGGAAGAAGUCGACUGUCGGUGGCUUGAAGAGCAGCAAAAAGAACAAGUCCAGAUCCACUCUCAACACGAACACGAAGAAGACGAACAAGAGAGACACUAGAGAAACUUCGAGAGACAGAAGUGAAGACGAGGAUGACGAGGAAGAGAAGAGUGAGUCAUCGGGGGGAGAGAAUGAUGAGUCACGUGAAUCGGAAGAGAAGGCAAGAGACGGCACUUCGGCAGGGGAUUCGAAGACGAAGAAGAAGGCGAAGAAAGAGAAGAAAAAGAGCAAGAAGGAUGAAAAGACAGCAAAGAACAAGACGGAGAAGACAACGAACAAGGACACAACAAGGAUUGGGGGCACAACUAACAAGAGAACAGCCAGUAAGGCUACUAAGACAGCGAGGGGGGCUCAGACAGCCACUGCCAGAGGGGGAACAGCGGCGACUGCCACUCAAACUAUGCGGAGUAUGAGAGCGAGCGAAGGCACACAGACCACUCAGAGACUGCAGACCACAAACACUACUGGGGGUGCGGGGAGUAGACCGAGACAUAUGAGACAGCAGAAUAAGAAGAGACAUCAGCAGGGGGGUCUGGAUGACAUUAGAGAAGAGGGAAGCAGCUAUGUGAGCAGCAACAACGCUUCGAAGGAAGACGACCCCUACUCACACACUCAGUAUGGGGGGAGGGGGUCUCAAGCACAACAACAUAGCAAAGAACAGGUAGAUGCUGUGAGCAAUCAAAUCUACAAGCAGAUUGGAAUUGAGAAGACAUAUGGUGGCCAGAAGCAGAUUUACGGCCACGAUAUUAAGACGUAUGGUCAGCAGCAGCAGCAGGGACAAGCAAGGGGCAAAUACGAGGACGACAGGAUCACAGCAGAGGAGCCUCUGUUCCUUGAUUACCCGACGUAG